GCGCUGUACCUGCGGCCGGCCCGGCGGGGGAGGUUCUGGCUGAGCUGGAAGUCGCGCCCGACCGGCAGAGCGGCUGCAGCGGGCUCUGUCCCGGGCUCAUGGCUGUCCCAAGUUGGCGGCGGCUGCUCGCCUUUGCUGAGGCGCUGAGCGGCUCCCUUUAAAUCUCCUCCGGGGCCGACAUGCCGCGCAGGCUGGAUAAAUUUUUGCAAAUUGCCCCGCAUUCCUUGGCGAUCGUGCUGAGCCCCUGCGGCGGGGAUGAAGCCGCGCCGCCCGAACAAGCAGCAGCCCGAGCGCAGAGAGAAGGCGACGACGCCGGCGGGGAAGCGGGACAGGGAAGCCGAGCGGAAGGCGAGCCCGCGGCGGACAGCGAGCUGGGGCGGCACCACAUCGGCUACGAGAUCUUCGCCGACUUCAAGCAGGGCAACAUGCAGCACUUCUGGAACAAGAAGGUGACGGCGGCCGUGGCCGAGACCUUCUUCCUGGGCUGGAUCGACGAGCAGGUGCUGCUGAUCCAGGGCAAGGAGGAGCACCUGGAGGCGCUGCGCGAGGGUUGGAUGCGCAGGGCUCUCAAGCCCCCCGCCGGCUUCCAGAUCAAGUGCCUGGAAAACAAGUCCUCCUUUGUCAGCAGGAGUUGAGUUGAUCUUCCAAGAUUUUACCUGAUAAUAGCAAGCUAUGAUGGCUCCAAAAUAUUCUCCAACUAGAGGAAUUAAACUAGCAAAUAUGAAUCAGUCUAAGCAAGUCUUGAAGUUGUGCUCGUUAGACCAAAGAAAAUUCAUCUCAUAUUUGUGUUGCUAAGAUCUCAGCUAGCAGUCGUUGAUGGAUUGUGAAAUUACAAAUGUUUGGGCAAGGAAAAUGCCACCUUAUUAUGCAACUACUGUCAAAAGGCAAAUUCCACAUUGAAAAUUAUCAAGAAAGGAGUAUCAAAUGAGUUGCCAAUAUCAUAAUGUUUUAAUAUAAUGUAUAAUGUAACCACACAUAGAUUCCUAUGUUGUAUUACAAGCUUAUAAAAAAUCAUAGACUUGAAAAAGGUGCAGAGAUUAAAUAAUAACGAGGGUGGAACAAUUCCAUCUGACAUAAGCACAGUUAGUGGUUUCUUUAGUUUAGAACAAAGGUAAGGAAGUAUAUAUACAGAGAUACAUAAAUGUUAACUUUACCAAGUAGACCAGAGAGGAAACACCAUCAGAUCAGCUAAUUCUAUUCGAUGUUACAUUAACAGAUUCUUACAAGUCUGGAAAGUACAUUUCUUCUCCCAUCCCCUUUAUCCUUGAGAAAUUAGGAAGGAUCUCUUAUAAGCCUUCUGUCUGACUUCUCUCCAGUUUGGAUUAUGUUGUUUCAAUAAAAAAGAAUAUUUGUAACUCAAA